AAAUUUCAUUCAAACGUGGAUUUCGGAAACAUCGGACGUGUUAAGAACCACUUAAAACAUUUGAACGGAAUCUAUAUAUAUCUUUCAUUAGUCCUGUAAAAUAAAAUAAAAUCGUGUACUUAACUAACAGUGAAAAUAAAAAUGGUUUGUGCAAAUGAUGAAGAUAAUUUUCAUCCUGCUCCAGUAUGGCUUACUGCUGAGUACUUAGAAAAAAUAUUGCAGGAGAAUAAGAAGGAUAAUACGAUAAGAGUGACGGAUUUGGAAAUAAAGCCCGCAACAGCUAAAGGGGAAAAUUAUGCCAGUAUAAUGACACGUGUGAAAGUGGAUUUCAUAGAACAACAGAGUAAAGAUACACAGCAUGAAUAUUACAUAGUCAAAACAACUUAUGAAAACGAUCCUGUCAUAUCAAAAAUAAUGAGUGCCUAUCAUGUCGAUAAGACAGAAAUGAUUAUGUAUGAGAAAAUCUUACCAGAACUUAGUAAAUUAUUGCAAGAAAUCGGUGAUGACAGUAAACUUUUCGCAGAUACGAUACAUGUAGACUACGAACAUUCAGCUAUUAUUUUCGAAGACUUAGCAGUCUCGGAUUUUAUUUUGGCCGAUCGUUUGGAAGGCAUGGAUAUGCUGGAAUGUAAAUUAGCUUUGAAAAAAUUAGCUAAAAUGCAUGCAACAGCAGCAGUUUUAAAUGUCAGACAUGGUGGCAUAUUGGAGAAAUUUGAUCAUGGCAUAUUCAAUCGCCACACCAAAGGAUUUGCACCAUUUUUUGAAAAUUUGAUAGGCGUUUCUGCAGAAUUUGCUGGAGAAUGUACUGGUUUGGGUGAAUAUUAUAAAGAAAAAUUACUUAAAUUAAAGGAGCAUGUUGUUGAGUAUGCCACACGUGUUUACGAUCCCCAACCAGGACACUUCUUAACAUUAACCCAUGGAGAUUUUUGGGUUAAUAAUAUGAUGGUUAGUUAUGAUAAAUGUGGUCAAAACGGCAGUAAAGAAAUUAAGGAUCUCAUAUUAAUUGAUUUUCAAUUUUGUACUUGGUCGUCCCCAGCAGUGGACUUACAUUACUUUUUCAAUACCUCGAUGAGGGAUGAAUUACGUUUUAACCACCAAGACGAAUUUAUACAAUACUACUAUAAUAUUUUGGUGCAGACCCUGCAUGAGCUGAAAUUCACCGGUAAAAUUCCAAGUCUACAUGAACUUUGUGUACAAUUGGAAGCGGGAAGAUUUUAUGCUGUUACUUCAACUCUUGUUGUACAACCGAUAAUGAUAAACGAUAAUACUGAAAAUGCUGAUAUGAAUGCCCUUUUAAUGACUGAUGAACGAGGUAAAAAUUUCCGAAAACUUCUAUACAGUAAUAAAAAAAUACAGAAUAAUGUGAAGAAACUACUACCCGUAUUUGAUCAGAAAGGUCUCUUGGAUGUAACUGAUUAGUUUUUAGUCUUAAGCUUCUAUAUUACUUUAUUUGAUAUAUAAAGUACAAUUUGUAUUACAUAAGUAU